AUGCCCACUUUGUGGGUCUAUAACUCAACACCAGAGAUUAAUGCUCAAUCAAAUUAUCCUCUUAUUUUAGAAGCUUCAUUCCCUUUGCUUGUGUUGAUGCUCAUUACUGUCGGUACGAGGUUGUAUGUUAGAGUACGUACUGUACGAGGUAUUGGUGCUGAUGAUUGGGCUGUUGUGACUGCUGCGGUACAAAAGUCCUGGCUGCCCAAAACACCCGGGAAAUGUCUUCCCGUCGGUCCCCUUUUCUUCGGUCUAGCUAUCACAACAAUCGUCUUUGAUGUGAUCAUUUUCUUCCUUCCUAUUCCCUUCCUCUACGGUCUACGAAUGGAUAAUCGAAAGAAAUUCGGUAUCAUAGGUGUUUUUGCCCUUGGAAUCUUCACAACUGUCUGUUCGGUUUUGCGCAUGUCGGAAAUUCCAGUUAUCACGAACGGAAGCGGAGAUUCUACAAUGUUGGUUGUAUGGGGGAAUAUUGAAUUGAAUGUUGGGAUCAUCCUAACCUGCAUGCCGGUCCUCGCACCCCUCUUCAAAAUUUUCGGCAAGAAACUCACCUCCUCCGGAAAAACUGGAAGUUCGAAUCCAUAUGCUCACAAUGAAAGUCAUAAUAUGCAAGUAUUUUCGCAUGGAAAGAGUGCCAAUGGGAAAAGUGCGCAUAGAACCACGAUUACGAAUUUAAAUAUGAGUUCGAGUAGGAAGGAGAGAGCUAGUAGGGCGCUAAGAUAUCCUGGUGAUGUGAGCGAUAAUGAAAGUCAGGAGACUAUUUUGGGGAAGAGUGGUGAAGAGGGAGUGAGGGAGGGUGAGAGCGGUGUGAUUGGAGUCGCCGAUCGUUAG